GAUGGCCGUAUGUUUGUACGCCUCGUGUACAUCCCCAACAGCAAUAAGUAGUCCGCCUCUGCCGUAUUCUCCCUCCGAAUUCCCUUUUGCCUUCAUCUGACAGAAUCUUCUUCAGACCCUUCUAACUUCCUUCUUCCCAGCUUGCUGCUCCUUUGCUGACCCCACUCGUCGUUCAUUUCAUUCCCUCUGUCCCUAACGUUGCUUGCUAUGACUGCCAUGACCCAUUCCUCUGUACGACAACCUCAUACGUCCCAGGGUACGACGCGCAACGCCCGACUGCUUGAUGCCGUGAUUCGUGGAGACGAGGAGGACGUCCAGAGACUGCUGGAGGCCCAUGCAGACGUCAACGUGACGGACGCUACUGGUCGGUCUGCAAUCGCUUGUGCUAUAACGGGGGAAAACUGGAGCACUGCCGAUGCGUCGGAUGCAUCCUUCAUGACCCCGGGCCGACUGAACGUUAUUCGGCUCUUGGUCGAGCACCCUCACAUCUCAUUAUACUCCCUCAAUGCGCCUCAGGAAGCUAUGAACGGUGCGACUCCACUGGGAGUCGCCACAUGGUUGAACGCACCGGAGGUCGUCCGUAUACUUAUCGAGACCAGCGCCGGCGCGGUCUCUGUCAACGGCAUGGAUGGCCAUGAGGCGACGGCGCUGAUGUGUAAGUCUCGGACAUGUCUGGGAGUUAGCGAGCACCGAGCUUACCAUAUUUCAAUCCACGCGUCAGAUGCCGCUCGCGACGGCACUGUCGAGCUUGUUAAAUUUCUGUUGUCAAACGGUGCUCGGCCUGAUUACCGAGAUAGCAAUCACCAUACCUCGAUCCAGUACUGCUUGAAACACGCCCAGGUCCUAUGGCUAUGUGAAGAUGCCUUGCGGAGACUCAGAACGCGCGAGGCCCAGUCGGAUAACAGGCGAAAGCUCAGUUCUUCAGCGCUAGCGGACGUCGAUGCUCUUCUCUUGGACGACGCGCAUCUAUCUGACGUGCACACAUAUCCUCCACCGCACUUCUUUGCACGCUCGGACAUCCUUGAAGCGCGUAAAAAUAUCAUCAAUGCGAUCAUCUCCGCUGAUCUCCCCGUUCUCCGUUCUCUUCUCUUCCCACCCCCACUUCCUUCUUCCGACGCGUCGCAGAGCUCUUUGGUCACCCCAGCUCCAGUUCUUGUCAAUCACCCCGAUGCCCAGGACUGGAGUCCCAUUCACUAUUGUGUGUCGGUUCGCCUUCCCUCCGUUGACGUUCUCGACACACUCUACCGUGCUGGCGCCGAUGUCAGUCUGUUUUCCAAAACCGGAAGUUGUACCCCUCUCCACUGCCUCGCACGCAAGAAACGCGGCCCCGAUUCUUUCAGGAGCCCCGCAAUGACGCGUUUGUUGUACCAAUUUGUUGUGCAUAUAGUUUGUGAUCUAAAAGCGCCCUUGGCGGCGCUUGACCCCAACGGGGAGACGUGUAUUCAUAUUGCAGCUGAGCAUGGGGAUAGCGCGGAGGUGCUCAGAGCCCUUUUAGACUGCGACACUGACGGGACGGUGAGGGAUGUGCGGAACUCAAGAGGGCUUACUGCUGUCGAAGUCUCGCGAUCCGAGUUUCACGCACUAUUCGGCACGCAUGACGGCAGCCUACGCUCGUCUUCGUCUGCGUCGCUCCGCACUGUCAGACCACUCCACUCGUACAGCUCCGUGCCCUCGAUUUGUUCAUUUGUCACAGAUUCUCCGAUCGUCAGACCCCACUUCCCACUGUCGUAUUCAUCGGCCCUCCCUCCCUCCCUUGCGAACGCCGAAGACGAGACGCUUUCGUCCUCUGCGGACCGAAUUCUCCGCGACCUCCGCUUUAUCUCCAGUGAACUCUGUCAACCAUCCCAUACCUUGGUGGCUGACAUCGCGAACUUGGACAGUAUUCUGAGGAAGACCGCUGCGCGCAGUAGCGAUUUACUCAGCCGAUGGCGCACCAAGGUGGAUGAAGCGAGGGACGGUCUGCAUGGAGCCCAAGAUACGUGGGCAAAGAUCGAUUCGCUUCUGGAUACAGUAUCUCAGGCUGUCGAGGACAAGGCUGUCAAAGAGCGAGAGGAAAGAGAUAAGGUUUGGCCUCUAGAGCCUCACGGGCGAUCGAGAAGCGGGACUACAGUUUCCGGAGAUUCUCAACUGACCGCCGUAUCGGACGACAAUAUUGAGGACGCCGGGAGUGACAUUGAUCGCUUCAUCGACAACACUGAUGCUGCGUACGGAGGCCUUGCUUGGCCUCCCACAUUCGACGCUGAUGCCUCUUCCAUUCACAAUGGUCGGUUUGUUUCCGACGCGGCAUCUACGAGAGGACUAGGACACAUGCGUCUCAAGUCUUACAAAAGCACGGGCGACCUUCACCGCACGAGCCCGCCGCUCCUGCAAAGAAGCUCUCCGACGCGCGCGCUGGCACGCAGGCCGAGGGCUGACACUCUUGUCGGUGUGGUGCGCAACGAAAGGGGCGACGGCGACUCUGGCUCAGGAUCCGGAAAGGACAAGGACGGCGUUCAGACUCAGACGCAGAAGGGCGGGACGUCGUCGAGAUUCAAGGCAUGGUUCAAGCGGAAGAUUCUGUCCGAUCGGACGGCAGAGAAGCCGCUUCCUGUGGUGCCGAGGACGUCCACGGAGCCGAGGCCAUCGCUAACGACUCUGUGCGAGAAGGACGAGGGCGCAGAGAAGGAGGGCAGCUCGCCGCCGUCCGAGGAGGAGCAGCGCGUGUCUUAUCGAGCGCUCGCGGCUGCUGGCAAGGACCUCGCGCGGAUCGACGAAUGCAUAUCGAAUACCGACAAGUUCAUCGCGUCUGCGUAUCGGUGUAUCGUGCAGACGGAGCAGAGCAUCACGAAGGCCAUCAAGACUCGCGAGGCAUUGAUCUACGAUCACCGUUUUGCGAACACUGUCGACGCGGGAAUCGAAGCCGUCUUCUCUUGGCGAGCAUCUGACGCGCCUUCGACUGAUGUAGUCAUCAAUCCCAUCGAAAUUGCUCUUCCUCUGAGCACCGCUCUGAGCGUGUCUGUGAACUCAUCAGCAGGCUCCUCCGUGACGUCGCUGUCUUCGACUCUCGAUGCCGAGGAUAUCGACGAGGACACGCGGGGGCUGCAGCAUCUGCUGAAGCACAAGAUCGUAGGCAAGGUGGACCUCGCGCUGGAGGAGGUCGAGAAGGUGGAGGUGUGGCUGAAGGUGGUGAAGAGUGUGGUGAGGGGUGUACAGAGACGCGUGGACGUAGCGAUGUAGUGCGAUGUAGCAAAAGACGUUGGGAUCG